AUCCGGCCAGUCAUGGCGGGUGGCAGCUCCGGCAGCAGGGUGUCCUGCGGGAGAGACCUCAACUGUGUCCCUGAGAUCGCCGAAACCUUGGCCGCGGUGGCCAAGCUUGGGUUUGAUUUUCUCUGCAUGCCCCUGUUCCACCCGAGGUUCAGGAGGGAGUACGAGACAGAACCCGCUAAGACCAGACCCGGAGCCCAGACCCGCUCAGACCUGCUGCUCUGUGGACGAGACUGGAGUACUCUCAUCGUUGGGAAGCUCUCGCCAUGGAUCAACGUGGAUUCAGAGAUCGAGAUGGAGCGCAGGAACUCAGAGGCCGCUCUGACACAGGAGCUGAACUUCUCAGCCUACCUGGGUCUACCUGUCUUCAUGAUCCCCAUGACGAGCUCCCAAAAUGCCAAUCUAGCCCGAGUGCUGGUGAACCACGUCCACACCGGGCACCACACUUCAAACUUCUGGAUACGCAUCCCACUAAUGGCUGCAGAAGACAUGCGCGAGGAUCUGAUCGAGAAUGAACCAGUCACUUGUUCUGAUGACACAAGUAUCGAGGAAAAAACCUGGCACUGGUGGAACUCAUUUCGAACCCUUUGUGAUUACAACAAGAGGAUGUGUCUAGCUAUUGAAAUUGGAGCAGACAUACCGUCAGACGCAGUGGUUGAUAAAUGGCUCGGGGAGCCGAUCAAAGCUGCUAUCAUUUCCACAAACACCUUCCUCACUAAUAAAAAGGGCUUUCCUGUUUUGUCAAAAGCCCAUCAGAGGAUAAUCUUCCGUCUUUUCAAGUUGGAGGCCCAGUUUAUCUUCACAGGCACCAGUCGGCACACUGACAAGGACUUCAGAUGCUACCUGCAAUACCUGGAAUACCUCAGCCAGAACAGGCCCGCGCCUAAUGACUACGACUUGUUUGCCAAAGGCUACGAGGACUACCUGCAGUCCCCUCUACAGCCCCUCAUGGACAACUUGGAGUCUCAGACCUAUGAAGUGUUUGAGAAGGAUCCAAUUAAAUAUUCUCAGUACCAACAGGCCGUCUAUAAAUGUCUGCUAGACAGAGUGCCGGAGGAGGAGAAGGACACUAACGUUCAAGUGUUGAUGGUGUUGGGCGCAGGACGGGGUCCUCUGGUCAACGCAUCUCUGCGAGCUGCUAAACAAGCCGACAGGAAGCUAAGGGUGUACGCCGUGGAGAAAAACCCCAAUGCCGUGGUCACGUUAGAGAACUGGCGCUUUGAGGAGUGGGGCGACCAGGUGACGGUGGUGUCAUGUGACAUGCGAGAGUGGGCAGCGCCAGAAAAGGCUGAUAUCAUCGUCAGCGAGCUGCUCGGGUCGUUUGGAGACAACGAGCUUUCCCCCGAGUGUUUAGAUGGAGCACAGCACUUUCUCAAGGAGGAUGGAGUCAGCAUCCCUUGUUCCUACACGUCCUUCCUGGCUCCGCUGUCCUCCUCCAAGCUUUACAACGAAGUCCGAGGCUGCCGAGAGCGCGACAAGGACCCGGAGUCCCAUUUUGAGACGCCGUACGUCGUGCGUCUCCACAACUUCUACCAGCUAGCUGACCCCAAACCGUGCUUCACGUUCACACACCCGACGAAAGACAUGAACAACAACCGGUAUCAGUGCCUCAGGUUCACCGUACGCUGCAACUCGGUGCUCCACGGCUUCGCCGGCUACUUCGAGACCACGCUGUACAAAGACGUCACGCUCAGCAUAAAACCGGACACACAUUCACCUGGGAUGUUCUCCUGGUUCCCCAUUCUCUUCCCUCUGAAACAACCCAUCCCUGUAUCCCGGGACAACGAUGUCACAGUGCGGUUUUGGCGCUGCAAUAACGGGAAGAAGGUGUGGUACGAGUGGGCCGUGACCGAGCCCUCCUGCUCUGCCAUCCACAACCCAGCGGGCCGGUCCUACACCAUCGGGCUGUGAGGAGGCCGCGCCCACACGCCCGUCAGCAGGCAAUCAAUCACGUGUUUCUGUAAGACUCGGCAGUGGUCGGACUCUUUGUCUUCUUUUUUUUGUUUGUUUUUUUUUAUAUAUAUAUAUUCACCGAUUUAACUGGGUCGUGAAGUGAAAACGGUUUGGAUAAAGCAACUGAAAUGGUGUUUCUGAGGUCUGUUGGAGCAGCGUGGACUGCACACAGAUGCACACGUUUCGCCGCCGUGAGAUCGGCUCAUUUAGUUGGAGAACAAACCCACUGGUUCUUCGUGUUAAAUCCUCCUCCCUGCUGUCUUGAGCUGUAAUUGUGGAUCUCCACGUCUAGUUUUACCGGACAUAUGCCUUAUCAAUCACACAUUCCACAUGAUUAAAUACUUGCAAAAUGUCAACACACCCCUCUAAACACGGGAGGAUCAGACGACGGUCGCUUUGUUCAGGUCACGUGCUGAUGUUCGGCAACUAUGUUCAUACCUUUUGUUUGAACCAUUUCAAUAAAAAAAUGAAUGUAA